AUGCGAAAGUUGGAAAAAUUUUUUGACUGGUACGGACAAUAUGUGGCAAGAAAACCAUUCUUCUUCAUUUUAGUCCCCGCAUUACUCACAAUAGUAUCAACCUAUGGAUUCCUUUCAUUUUCCACUCAAGACGACAUUUGGGACAUUUAUGCGCCGACAAAUGGGUUAUCAAGAGUAGAAGAAGCAGGUAUAAGGAGGUUCGAGUACGCAUCAGGAUCUCAUCACCAUCGAAUGCAAAUCCUGGUUUCUAAAAAGAACAGAGGGAAUAUUCUAACGAAUGAAGCACUUGACGAAGUGUCACAAGCACACAAGUUUGUGGCCGACAAUAUUACAGUAUGGGAUGGGCAAAAUCAAAUUGCAUACAAGAAUUUGUGUGGAAUAUAUUGUAAUGACAGUAAUGCAGCUGUACUCGCAUUUUUACAAGCAACUCUGAAUGACACAUCACGAAGUUCAUUCAAAUUGACAUUUCCAAAUGCUGAAGCAUUACAAAAGAAAAUAUUCAUCGGAUACUCGAUUGGGGAUCUCAAAUUUGAGAAAGGAUAUGUAACAGAAGCAAAAAUGAUUAUCCUUCAUUAUAUGGUUGACACGUCACUCCCGAAUGGAAGACAAUUGGCUGCAGAUUUUGAGACAAAAGUCAGAAAUUUCUUCUCAUCAAUCACCGAUAUUUCACAUCAUAUCAAGUAUUCAGUACUAUCAAGGACAAGAGAAUUAGAGGAGCAAAGAGCAAUCACAAUAACUUCUCUUCCAUUUCUCGGAUUGACUAUAAUCGUUCUGACCGCUUUCAUGUUACUUACUUUAGUCAGAUUCCCAUUAUACACAAGUCAACAUUGGCAGAGUAUUGUUGGAGUGUUGUCUCCAGGAAUGGCUCUCUGGACUACAACUGGUCUCCUCUGGGGCCUUGGAUAUCCAUUCAGUAAUAUUCUGACGGUUGUUCCAUUCCUUGUAGUCACUAUUGGAAUUGACGACGCCUUUCUGAUUCUUGCAGGAUGGAGACAAUCCACAAAAGGAGAAUCUUUGGAAGUUCGUCUAGGACAAUCCGUGGCCAUUUCUGGAGCUUCAGUUACUGUUACAUCUGUUACAGAUGUCGCCUGCUUUGCCACUGGACUUUUCUCGAACAUGCCUGUUGUUCAGUUGUUCUGUCUAUAUACAACUGUUGCUCUUGCCAUUGAUUUCAUCUAUCAAAUGACCUUUUUCACAGCUUUAGUUGGAGUUUUCGUCCGGAAACAAGUUGAUAUCGAGAAAGAAUUGAUCAAGACUGAAACGAAAAUCGAGAAAACAAAAGACGAUGAAAGCUCGUCUUCUUCUUCAUUGGCUUCUCUUUUAACAUUUGUUCCAACCAUUUCACAAGAAGCUCACACAAGAAAUAUUCUCGAAGUUUUCAUUGAUUUCUUGCAUACUUGGAUGGCCAAAUUCAUCGUGCUGGUCGCUUUCUUCGCCCACAUUAUGAUUUGUCUCGCCCUUGUUUCAAAAGUCAACACUAAUUUUGACAUGGAAAACCUGUAUCUCGAAGAUUCCCCAUUGACUGACAUCUCAAGAAGAAUGCAAAAUUUUGUACUUGGAGAAGCUUUUGUUGUCAAUUUUGGAGUGUUUCCAAUGCCAGAUUUCGAUAAUGCAGAAAUGAGAGAAAAGUUUGAAGAAAUGGUGAAGAAACUGGAGACAAUGCCAGGUUACGGUGCUGGAAAAGAGAAUACAAAUCUAUGGACCAGGGAAUAUUCAAAUGCGGUCGCUUUCUGGGGAGAGACUGAAGAUUUCUGGCAUAAAGAAGAUAUGGUCAGUAACUAUAGAGAAUAUGGAAUGGACGAGAAAUAUAUAACAAUGAAGAAUGAUACGAAUGGAGAUGAGAUUAUUGAUGGAUUCUUCUUCACUAUUACUUAUCAAAACUUCUCGAAUUUUCUUGAAGUCGAAUCAUUUUUGGAGGAUAGGAGAGCGAUUCUCAAAAAUUAUUCCUCAUAUUUCACAAUCAGUUCUCAUCAUCCAUUCGAGAAAGUUCCGACAGAAAGUGCUGCUUCUGCUCCAUUCAACUUCAUUUCUACUUCAGUAUCUGCUGUUGUAUUGAUGUCACUUCUUGUAUUGGUGUUCGUAAUGAACUUCGAAGCAAUCAUUUCCGUCGUCAUUUCGAUUGUAUCUAUUUGUCUCGGAAUCGUCGUUUAUCUUCAUCUUUGGAACGUUAAUCUUGAUGCCGUUUCACUUAUUUCAAUGCUUAUGUCAAUUGGAUUUUCAGUCGACUAUUCUGCUCAUGUUUGCUAUCAUUACUUCGCCCACGUGCAUGAAGAUGAACAACUGUGGAGAUCUCACAACUAUGCUGAAACGAGGGAUCGUCUUCUGAGUACAUUUAGAGGUGUUGCUUGGCCUGUAAUGCAAUCUGGUCUUUCCACAAUUCUCGGAAUGUUUCCAUUGAUGUUUGUCCGUGCGUAUGUCGUUGCUGUCUUCUGGAAAACCGUUAUUCUUGUUGGAAUACUCGGAAUGCUCCAUGCUCUUGUUCUUCUUCCGGUCAUAUUUAUAUUGACUCAUGACGUAAAACUUUUAUUCCGAAGAAAACGAACAGUGAAUCCUUCUCCUCAUUCAAUGGAACUCGCUUCGUAG